AUGACCGCUGACGUCAGCAAGGUGACACCCAGCUCCCUUCCUCCCUGCGGUGUGCUGCGGCGCUCCGGCGGCUCCCGGCUCAGAUCCAUAUUUGAGACAUCCAGUGGACAUCAAGGGGGACAGAUCAGCCCUCUGUCCGCCAUGUCUUCCAGAGGUAAGAGUGACUGGUGUCGGAUUUGCGGGGGAGCCCUCCAGGGGAACCAGAGACGAUGGCUGUUUGGGAGCCAAAAGAAGAGGGGUGGCCAGCCUCCCACCCCGACUGAGUCCCUAAGAGGAGGAAAUCUGUCGCGGUCCUCACAGAGCAGCCCCUGGGGUAGCACAUUGUCCCUGGGGUCCUCAGUGUCUCUCUCCAAGUCCCAGUCAUCCCUCUGCUCCCCCUCCAAAGGAGUGGACCUGCUGUCGGUGUUGACCCACAUCCUGGGCCAGUCUGUCCCGCGGGGCAGCGGGCAGGGGGAGUUUUUGUGCGGCAAGUGUGUCUGCGUGCUCGAGCGGGUGUUUAAGUUCGACGCGGUCAUAGCGAGGGUGCGCGUGCUGUCGUCCGAGAGGCUCCAGAAGUUGGCCCAGGAGCGGGACAAGAUCAGACAGUGGGUACGCUACAAUUACUGCCAGAGACACUCGCGGGAAUUUCAGAGCAAGGGCAGCACGAGCGAGGAGGAUGGAGAGGGCGAGAAGGAGGGCUACAGGGAGAUGCUCAAAGAGAACAUGGCUCUGUCAGAGUUCGAGUGCUGGUCCGAGAAGUGGGACGCCUGCCCGUAUUUCAUAAGAACGGGCAAAAGGUGCAGAAAGGGUAAAGGCUGUGAAGGGUGUGAUUCCUUACGGGUGUCUGACUCAGACUACGAGUCUGUUUGUGGGGUUCCCCGCCGCAUGCCCUAUCGGCCCUUCUCCCCGCUGGGCCUGUCGCGGGACAAGUCCCAGAGCAUGCCUCUCCACUGGCACAGGGUGUCCUCCGUCUCCUCCAGCCCGGCUUCACUGGCAGGGUCCAGUCUCUCCUUGCGGGCGUCUUCCCGCACAGAGUCCAUCCAGUCACUGGACUCUCUGGAAGGCACCGAUCCGUUCGAUUCACCGGACGAUCAGUCAGUAAACUUUGUGAUUAGAGAGCUGAAAGGUAUUGAAGGAAAGCUGCUGUGCUCGCCGUCAGGGUGCAGGAUUCCAGUUCUGGGCAAAAGGGAAGGGAGAUACUUCAAAGACAGAGGAGAGACGGUGUCGCCUAAAGUGAACCGGGUCCUGAACUUUGGAAGUGUGGAGAAUGGAGAGAACGGAAGGGAGGAAGUGGAUGGAGAGGACGGCGAUAUUCUGACGGAGCUGAGGGACGAGUUCAUGCCUCUUCAUAGAGAGAGCACUACGGGCAGGGUGCACCACGCUGUGAGGCACUUGAGAAGCCAGCUUGAUCAAGCCACAGCCCGCAUCAGGAGCCUGGAGGCCGAGCUGAAACACGGGAAGAGCAAAUCGGCAGCUCACACCGAGGUCAACGGAUCAGAGGACUGGGCCUCAUUUCCCAGGGGGGAGAGCGGCAGCCCCCUGCUGCAGUGCCUCGGUCACUCCCUCCACAGCCAGGAGCGUCUGAUCCAGGAGUGUUUGGGUCUGAUCAGGCGGCUGUGCGUGGAGGAGGGAGGAGGCGCUGAGCUGUCGGACAAGCUCACUGAGAAACUGGCGGAGAACCUGAGGCAGACGCUCUCCGACAACAAGACUACCCUGGAGGGCCUGAAGGCUGAAAUGGCAGCGAGAGAAAAUCAGAUGGAGGGUGAGAUCGAGGCCCUGAGGAAAGCUGGGAGAGACAGAGAGCGAGACCUCAGCACGCUCAACACCGUGCUGCAGUGCAACCAGGAUGUUAUCAGUGAUCUGCGAGAGGCUCUGGGGGAGAAGGAGCGCGUGCAGAAGGAGCAGGAGACGGAGCGGGAGGUGUGGAGGCAGAGGGACCAGGCCCUCACUGCCGUGCUGCAGGAGAAGGAGGCUCUGAUCGUCUGCCUCAAGCAGGAGCUGCACAGCUGUCAGAAAGAUGUGCAGGCCCUCUCCGACUCUGUGAUUGGCCAGGGCUUGCCAGGGAGCGGGUCUGAGCCGGCUCUUGCUUCACAGCUGAAGGAGAGAGAGAGCCAGCUGGCAGCCUGGUUGCAGAAUAGAGAGGAGAACGGCGCCACCAUGUGCCAGGAGGUUGCCAAGCUCACCGCAGCCCUGCAGGAAUACCAGGCUGUUGUGCAGAAUCAGCAGGAGAGUCACAGUCAGAUGGUUUCCUCUCUGACGGAGCAGCUCAGGGACACUCGGCAGGAGCUGAGAGAGAAGUCGAAGGAGAAGAAGGAGGCAGAGAGAGCCUGGCAGAACGAGAGGGAGGACAGAGAGAGAGAGGGGAGGAAGCUGAGGGACAGUCUGGAGAAGAGAGACAAACUCAUAGAGCAAAUCCUCCUGGACGCUGAGGAGCGGGACUGUAUGUUCAGAGAGCUGCAGCAGAACCUGCACAACAAGUAUGAGCCCGUGUCUGCCGUCAAACACACGCUAUGAGGGAGGACGGCUGCGUUAACACACUGACAAGAUGCACUCGUACUGCACAGAGACGGGAGAGUAACUUGCACUUUCUGCGCCACAUUUCGCCUCAGCAGCAUAUUUAUUGUGGCGCAUUUUUGAGUCUAUUUAAUUUUUUGUUGUUUUUUUUUUUGUUUGUUUCAUUUUUUUUUUUCAAUACUAUGGUUUGUAUUCGCAGGCAUGCAUUGUUCUGGCGUGGGCCAAAGGAGAAUUUAAUAUUCCAUAUUGACUACUUAACCCUCUGAAGUGAAUCAGCACAGUCAUUUCAGUUUUAGUGGAACACAACCUGAUUGUUUUCAGUAUGGAGCGACGUCAAGGUCUAGUGUCUUGUCGCUGGAUAUUCGAUACUUGAUAUAAAAUUGAUCACAUUGCUGUAUUUAGUUGAUUUUGAAUGUAUGGGGUAUAAUGGCUAGGCGAUGAGGAUUAGAUUUCAUUUCAUGUGGUGGGAUGGUUGCUGACGCAUUUCUAACUGGCAUGAAUGGACGUGGAAUUUGCGUGAGCUAUUGUCUAUAGUUUGUCCUUCAGGACAGGAGAGGGUACGAGUCAAUUUUCUCUAAACCUCUUGGUGAUGUUUGUCCUCUUAGUCAGUGCUUUUGUUUUUUUCUGUUGUUUUUAAUCUUUUUUGUCCUGUUGAGCCCUGUAGUUUCUUGGUAAAGUACUGCCAUUUUUUGUUUACAGUACUUGCUGGGCACUUUAAAUGUCAAGGAGGGGGAAUAUGGUCAGGACCAAAGUAAUUUAUUUUACAUUGCUCUUUUGUCUCCUUUUGUAUGUGGCUUUACUUUUACUUUUUUGUAACCUUUAUUGAAUCAACUUCAUUGUUUACAUGUGUUGUUUUUUUCUCUGUUUCUGGUAGUGGAUCUGUAUUUCCUUUCUUUUAACUCAAGAGAAUAAAAUACUCUGAUCUAAAUCA